CUGAUUGGGAACCAUAUUUAGGUAGCCUGUUUUGUGUUGGGUUUUGUGGGUGAUUGUUCCUGUCUUUGUUUGUAACACCUGGGGCCUGUUGCACAAAAGUAGAAUUAAGACAUGGGAUAAAUGACUCAGCUGAGCUCAAUGAAGCCAAAACAUGUGCGUCCAGGCUUAAUUGGUUGCACAAAGACCAAGCCAGGAUGAGCAGACACGGAUUCAUUAAGCCAGGUGAAACCAAUCCUGGAUAGGUGCGCGCUCACGGCUCACUCAAAUAGACCCUGCCACAGAUCACAGAUUAACUGAUUUACCAUGGCAACUAGAGCCGCGUACUUUUCCCCGUCGGAAGCACAAAUCCUCAUGGAGGCAUACGAGGAGGUAAAAGAUAUAAUUAAGAAGAAAGGCAACACCGCCACAGUGAUAAAGCAAAGAGAAAAAGCGUGGCAAAGUAUUGCAGACCGCCUGAAUGCGUAAGUAGUGCACAAUUACACACUCACCGCUCCGCUGAAACAUCACAAUUACAAUUCAAAUAUUUAAUUCACAUCUCCAAAAAUGCAGUUGUACUGUAAUUAUGAAACGGUUAAAUUUUUAAUUGAAAUGCACUGCAGAUAUGAGUGAAAUUGUGUAAAGUAACUCCAUCACACUGUAUAAAGCUAUGAUACAUUUUUUGAUAUUUUUACUGAAAACAAGACAAAAAUACCAAGUAAUUUUUUGCAGUGUGACUCCAUUAAAUGUGUGUGUGUGUGUAGAUUAAACAUGAACGGGCCAAAACGGACAUGGCAGCAGGUCAAAAUCAAAUACAAGAACAUUCUGCAGAAUGCAGUGAAAAAGAAUACCCACAGACAAGGCACGGGUGGUGGGUCACCAAAGGCUGACCUUACCCCAGCAGAGGACAUGGCCUUGGAGCUAAAUAAAGGCAGGCCCGUCUUAGAGGGGAUCCCUGGGGGGAAAGAGACGAGCAUAGGUUCCUCCCAAGAUGCCACCCGCUUCAUUCAAGUGCCUGGCAGCACUGUGUUCCUGUUAGAGCCACCAGCACAAGCACCAGACGAUGCUGAUCCAGGUGAAGGCCCCAGUGCAGCAGCAACAGCACAUGAUGGAGACGACGAUGAUGAUGAGGAGGAGACCAUCUCUCUGGAUUCCAGAAGGCAUGAGGACCCAGAUGCUAUACAGUGGGAAAACCAGCCUGGCAACAUAAGCUCACAAGCUAUCAGAAAGUUGUAUGGCAACCACCUCCGGCGCCAAAUAGAACUGGCAGACAUAGACAUUCAGUACAAGAAGAAAAAGAUGGAAAAUCUUGCACUGGAGUCCGAAAUAAAAAAGAGGACAAUUAGGAAACUGGACCUUGAAAUAAAAAAACUUGAGAGGGAGGUGAGAUAUGCCUUCAAUGUACACUGUAUGCUAACUGUAACACAAAUGUAUUAAUCAUUAUUUUUCUUUCCUCCCCCAGCUCCAAGAAGAUGACACAGCUCAAAAUAAAAAUUAGGUAUAUUCUCGUAAAGUCAAGUGAGCCAUGACAUAUGAGCUCUUAUUGUGAGCACACAGGACGGUGGCAUCUUUCUAAGGUUUUUUUUAUUUUCCCAGCAAUCAGUACAACCAAGUCAUCGUUAUAAGGCAUCGCCCUCUUUGCCC